AUGUCUGCGCAGACAACCGCAGACGUGAGGGGUGUAGGCGCUCUUGGAAGGCACGGCAGUCAAGCCAAGAGGGGUCUUGGAAGGCAUGGCAGUCAGGCCAAGAGGGGUCUUGGCGAAAUGAGAUGCUGGCUACUUAGAAAGGCAAAGAGCACUCUUCUUCUCACCACCAACAUGGCAGGACCGGAGGCUCAGAAAUCAAGUCAGUCUUCACCGACGCUGGCGUCACCGUAUGCGCUCAACGUCUCUCUUUCUUCACCUCUCUCCCGCCUCUUUGUUGAGCUGCAUACCCUCGAUCCUCGCCCCGCGCCCCGAUUCAGGCCCACCAUCGCGACUUGCUUCGAGAUCGCCUUAGUUUGGGACCAGAUUUGGCUUUUUUGGUGGAGAUUUGCGUCAGCGGUGGCGUUUUUCCAUCACGUGGUUGUAUUCGCCCACUUCACUGCAAACCAAGCAAUAUUGGAGUCAGUGAGGAGCUGUGAAUCGGUGCAUAUUGUUGAUUUUGGAAUCACGCAUGGGAUUCAGUGGGCAGCUUGCUUCAAGCGUUUGCCUCCCUGGCAGAGAAGCGCCCGCUUCCGAUGGCUAAGAUUACGGGGAUCAGUACCUGUAAUGUGGCCUCUGAGUCUGCCUCUAUGUCUUCUCUAUUCAUCCCGUGGUCUUGGUCUCGAUGGAGGACUUCACUCCGGAGCUGCUCCAGCUCAACCCAGACGAAAAGGUAGUUGCAAACUUCAUGCCACAACUCCACCAGAUGCUGGAGGAGGAGGGAACAACAUCCAUACUCCGGCUUCUCAAAUCAGUGGCUUGCUUGGCUCCCACUCUCGCACCCUCACAGAACACGACGCUGCCCUCAACGGGUCCGAAUUCAGACCCCGGUUUGUGGACGCACUGCACUUCUACAGUGCCCUCUUCGAUUCCUUGGACGCAGCCAUGCCUCGCGAUUGUCCAGACCGGUUGAACGUUGAAAAAAACUACUUCGCCAAACAGAUCGAAAACAUCGUUGCCUUUGAGGAUGCAGAUAGGACAGAGCGCCAUGAGAGCUUGGAACAAUGGAGCAAAAUCAUGCAAACUGCUGGGUUCUCCACCGUGCCGCUCAGCCAUUACGCCUACAGCCAGGCCGUGCAGCUCCUGUGGCAAUUCUGUGACAGAUUCUGGUUGCGGAGACUAGCCGGGUGCAUAUCCCUCACGUGGCAAAACCGGUCUCUGAUCACAGUAUCUGCAUGGAACUACUCUAAGGUACGAUGGUUCUGGAACCUCGUUUUCGUAGAUAUAUUUUAAGGCUGCAGCCGCACAUUCAAGUCUGGAAUGCUUGACGUUAAUUUUACUUCCUGAAACCAGUUCGUGUGUGAUUGGUGAAGGAUUCGCACAUUGUACAACUGUGCAGAUGUGCUGUUUCUUCUGAUUUUGUAUAUAGUCUGGAAAUCUCUUAUAGGCUAGUCCACAGUUUGUCAGGUUUUCCAUGAGUUUCUGUUUUUUGGGUACAAUUGCAGGUGCUUCUAGUUUGACUUGCAACGUUGUGUUUUACUGUAUGUGGAAUACGUUAGAUAAUGAGCAUGCUAAGAUGAGUACGAUUCCUUUGUUUGCUUCCAACGUUUUGUAUAACGAUUUGUAUACAAAAUGAUCCAUAAUGACUUUUUGCGAGUUGUUUAAGUUA